AUGGCUACUUUCCAGACUUUCCGAAAGAGUCAUGUGAAGACUAGACCAUCCAUUAGGAAAAGCUUCAGUGAAGAUGUUUUCCAGUCUGUGAAGUCUCUGUUACAGAGUGAGAAGGAAUUAUGCAGCGUAUCAGCAGAGAACUGCUUGAAGCAGGAUGAACAUAACAGUAUGACUGAGAUUACAUUUCUAGGUUUUAAUGAAGAAACAGAUGCUGCUCAUAUACAGGAUUUAGCUGCAGUUUCUUUGGCACUUCCAGAUGUUCUGAAUUCACUUCACUUCUGCAGUUUAAAUGAAAAUGAAAUUAUUUGUAUGAAGGAUAUUAAAAAAUCAUCAGAAGCAAACAGUAAUCCUAUAAAUCAGAGUCAUCAUUCUGGAAUGCUGUGCGUCAUGAGAGUGUCACCUGCAUUGCCGAGACUCAGGAUUGAUUUUAUAUUUAGUCUGCUAAGUAAAUAUGCUACCGGUAUCCGUUAUACCCUGGAAACAUGCUUGCGCCAGAAGGGCCAACUUGAGACCACUCAUGAAGAUGAUGAUGAUACUAACCAGUCAGUGUCUUCUAUAGAGGAUGACUUUGUCACUGCCUUUGAACACUUAGAGGAAGAAGAGACUUCGAAGCCAUAUAAUGAUGGAGUAACCACUUCUGCACUUCGGAGCCAGUGUGAUGCUACUUCCCAGACUCCUCCUGGUCAUCAUUUAGAAACCCAUGAUUUCAAGUUUCUGGUUAGCUCUGGGCAGAAGAAGUUGUUGGCUAAACCGUCAACUUCCUUAAUAAACAUUCUGGGACCCAAAGAAUUACCUUCUGUGAAAACUUCUGUCACAACUUCGAUUUCUGAGCCUUGGAUCCAGCGGAGUUUCUAUAGGUCACCUAAAGUUUCAGUUAAAGCUAGUGAGGUACAGAAAGUGUUUUCUUCUUCUCCUGCAUACUCUUCUGAAUCAGAAUGUUCCAGUCCAAGUCCUGUUAUUUUCUUGGAUGAAGAAGGAUAUCAAAAAAGCCUGAAAGCAAAACUUGAGCUGCCUAAAAUCCCAAUAACAAAAGAUAACAUAGAGGAUUCAGACUCAGAAGUGAGUGAGUUUUUUGAUAGUUUUGAUCAGUUCGAUGAACUAGAACAAACUUCAGAAACUUGUCUAUUAAUGAAAGACCCUGCCAUAGAAAAGCUAUCAAAAAAGAAAGGGUCCAAGCAUGAGAAGUCUUGUUCUGUAUCCACUACCAUGAAUCCUCAGAAGUUCAAGUUUGAUCGUCCAGCUCUCCCAGCUAAUGUUCGAAAACCAACUCCACGGAAGCCCGAGUCCCCAUACAGUAAUUUGCGUGACACUCCAGAUUCUCCUCGCCCAGUGCAGGCAUCUGGGGAAGACAGUGGCUUGUUCAGCCCCAUUCGAUCCUCUGCUUUCAGUCCUCUGGGGAGCUGUACUCCUGCUGACUGUUUUUGCCAAACUCACACUGGUGACGAUAGGGUUCAAGAGAGUCAUAAUUCUGUUGAUUACAUUUAUGAGGAUUAUGCACAUAGUGUUUCAUGUAAAGUACUCAGCUCAGUUCUCCACACCCAACAUCCUUAUGUACUAUCAAAAGUUGAUAGUGGCAAAAAUGGAGAAAACAAACCUGUAGCCCUUAAGCUUGAUCAAAAUAAUAAAUCUAAAAAUAAAUCCUUGAUGAUUAAAGAUAGCAUUCAGAAAUUUGCAGCAGAUCUUGUGGAAAAAAGUUUUGGCAGUGCAUUUAAAGAUUUACAGAAGGGAGUCUCUUCAUGCACCAAUGCCUUGUGCCAUUUAGCCAUCAAAUUGACAUCAUCUGUUUUUCAGAUAGCAUUUAAUGAAUUGAGACGCCAGCGUGCAUUUUCCCUCAAAGAGCGUGCCAUCUGUGGCCUGGCUAAUUUUUUGGUGAGUGACGCUUUGUCAAAUGCUUUAAAAGAUUUGCAGUAUGUAAAGAAGCAGAUAUUUACAAACACAGUUGCUAAGUUUGCUACAGAUCUUGCUGAAGAGCUGGUUUUUGAAGGAGUCAUGGAAGUGUGCCAGUUUUCAUAUCCUCCCACGCCUGCAUUUUCCCAGUGUUGGUCGUUUGACUAUGAAGACAAAGUAGUGAAGUCAUAUGCAAAAGACUUGUCUGAAUCUGUAAUACAGGAAGCUUUCAUUGAAUUAUCCCAAGUUGAUGUAACUUUUACAACAAAAGCAGCAGUUAGUGUGUCUACAGAUAACAUAAAGUAUGUGAGUGCAGAAAAUAUAGUGCCAUCAACCCAGACCUUUACCUUUUCUCCUACUUUUAACAAUCAAGCUAUUAUGACAGCAAAACCAGUUCAGGAUUAUAAAAAAGAGUACACUGUGCAACAGGCCUUGUUUUGUACCUCUGGAAUUGUUACUUCUGUACCAUUGCCUUUGGCAGGAAGUGCCCUUCUUCCAUAUCAUAUUCCACUUAAUAUUUAUGAGACAAAGUCUCCUCUGUCAACUGAUGAUGAUAAUUUAAAUAGUGAUUCUACCCAAGCUUGUAUUACGACAAAAAGCAAAGAAGAGGAAGUAGCCUGUCUCGGAAAUAUUUGUUUACCUUCAGAUUCAAAACACAAUCUGAGUAACCAGAAUGAAUUGAAACCAACUCCUGAUGAUACUGAAAUGCCAAAUUCUUCAAAAUUAACUUGUGAUCCUGCAAUAAUUAGCAGCUUCUCUGCAGCGAUGGUACACACCAUAGUAAAUGAAACAUUAGAGUCUAUGACAUCAUUCAAAGUUACAAAAACACUUGAUGAGCACACCAGUUAUUUAACUAAAACAGUUGAAGGGAAUAUCCUUCCUUUCCACUAUGAUCAAGCAGCCCUGCAACAGAAUGAUACUGUGUCUAAGGACAUGUUUGCUGACCAAUUAUCUAAAUCUAUUAUUAAGCAUUCCAUAGACAAAAGCAAGUCAGUGAUUGUAAAUAUAGAUAAAAAUGUGAACAAAGGAGCCUUGACUAUUCCUGGAGAAGAGUCACAGUUGAGCUUGGAAAAAUUCUCCAAAUUUCUUGACACUCAAGAUCAUUAUUUGAAUUUGGCAGGAAAGGAUUGUGCUCCAGAAAUUAAGAGUUCCACAGCUCAUGGACUUUCUUCAGAGAUGCAAGUCCCAGGUCCAGUGAUGCCAGUUCAAAAGUCAGACUUGAAGGAACUUGCCAGGGAGAAACCAGAGAAGACACAUGGUUUAAAUAACACUGCACUUGAGCCUUUGUCUUUUGGGCAAGAAAGCCCCUUUCCUCAUUCACAUGUUUUCACAUCUACAGUGCUUACUUGUGUAGAGGGCUUACAUGUGGAAGAUAAACAGAAAGCCAGGGAUGGCACUCUUAUACCUGGAACCCCCCCGUCAACUCCUUUAGUACCAUCCCAAGCUAGUUCUGAGUGGGAUAUCAAAAAGUUAAGUAAAAAGCUCAAGGGAGAAUUAGCGAAGGAGUUUGCACCUGCUACGCCACCUUCUACACCUCACAACCCAGCCAUUGGUAGUUUGUCUGAAAAUGAACAAAAUACUAUAGAAAAAGAGGAGUUUAUGUUGAAGCUCAUGAGAUCUCUCUCAGAAGAAGUUGAAAGUAGUGAGGGUGAGGAACACUCAGAAGUCGACGGGAAGUUGGAGUCCUUGGGGAAGAGAGUUCAGUUUGCAGAAGCGUUAGCUACACACGUCAUUUCUCUUGCAACGGAAAUGGCAGCUUCUCGUUUAGAUAACAAAGUGAUUCAAGAACCCAACUUUAAAAGCUCACACUUAAACAUGCAAAGUCAAGGAAGUGUAUCACCUACUUUUUUAAAUUGCUCAAAUAAAAAUUUACAGGCAUUAUGGGAUUUUGCAGGUGAUAUGGCAGCAGAGGUAAUUAUAGACGCUGAGAAAAUAGCAAAAGUGAAAAGUGUGCUUUCUCAAAGGAGGAGAAGCAGUUGCUAUGCUGAUGGCAUCAGCGUCAAAAGAAGUGACGGACCUGGUAGAUCAGAUGAGAAGUUUGACAAAGAGGCAUAUCCAAGAGAACUGGAUCCAUAUACUCUCUCUCUGCCACCCAGUAUGUCAGGUCUGACCUGUAAAUAUCCCAGCUGUGAAAGUGUGACAGAUGAAUACGCAGGUCACAUUAUCCAAAUCCUAAAACAAGAAGGUGGUAAUAAUGAGUUAAUAAUGGAUCAGUAUGCCAACAGACUUGUGUAUAGAUCUGUGAAAUCAGGAUUACAAGAAGCUGCCAGGACAGCCAAAACCAAGAGCAACUCACAAAUGUUCUUUGUGCAAGGCUCACCAGAGAAAACCAAGAACGAGUCAAUGUUUUUAAAGAAAGAACACCAGCAGGAAGCAAAUAAAAAGAGACAAAGUAGGGAGAAGGGAAGCUACCUUUGUAAAAAUCAAAGUUGUGAAAGGACACAGGAUACAUACAGAAAUGAAUACUCUGAACUAUAUAAUUUUUCAGCCUCUCUUGCUCACAGCAUAACAAGAGAUGUUGAAAAAGAGGUAACGUCUGCAGUUGGCUUGCCAAAAUCCUUAACAGAUUCUUGCCUUUAUGACAAAUCUGGAUGUGAUGAAGAUCCCAGUUCUCACAUUGAAGCAGAAUUCACUAAGCCUUUUCAGCCUUCCUCGCAAAAUCACAGAUUUCAUCACAGUAUUGGCAGCUUAAAUGAAUAUGGUUGUGGAGAGAGUGUUCAAACUGUAGAACAGUAUGCAAAAAAGAUAGUGGAUGACACUUUGAACCUCACUUUAGAGCCUGCAGUUUUCAAAGUGUCUGAGACCACGAAAUCAGCAGAUCGGAGUACUUACGCCGAAAAGUUGUCACCUCUUAUCAGUCAAGCUUGCAGAUACUGUAACCCCAGAGAACUUCAUGAUUGUACUGGAUGCUCAUCUCAGCACUUCCUCAGAGAGGAUGCAGUUGCUUGUAAUAAGCUAGCUUCUAAUUCAAAAUUAAGUAACAUCUGCCAGAAAUCUAGAAUUUUUCAUCUUGAUGUCCCCCAAAUUCAUAUCAGUUUGGAUAAUAAGACAGUUCUUGCUGAGAAGAUUGUUGCUGAAGCUAUUGAAAAUGCAGAGAGAGAGCUGAGCAAUACCAGUUUGGCAGCUGAUAGUGGAAUUGGACAAGAUGGCAUUAGCUUUGCUGACAGUCUUACCACGGACGUAAUGAUGUCAGCAAUGAUGAAUGUUGAACAAGCUAUUGGCAGUUCAAAAGAAAAAGAUGAGUUUCAAUCAGUUGAGUCUUUUGGUAGCCAGCAGCUGAACCUCAGUAUUGGUGAAGACAGCACUGGUAGCUGGUCCAACCUAAGCUUUGAAGAUGAACACCAAGAUGAAAGCAGCAGUUUUCAUCAUCUAAGUGAAAGUAAUGGUAACAGCAGUAGCUGGAGCAGUCUUGGUUUAGAUGGAGAUUUGUUGGAGGACAAUUUAUCCUUUCCAACAUCAGACAGUGAUGAACCUGAUGAUACAGAUGAAGCGCAUGGGGAUGUUGUAGAAGGCUUGGGACGAGAUGGAAAGACUCUGCUAAUUACAAAUGUUGACAUGGAAAUGUGCACAGUAGACCCUCAGUUGAGGAUUAUUCUUCAGUGGCUGAUCGCCUCAGAGGCUGAAGUUGAAGAACUUUAUUUCCAUGACUCCACCAAAAAGGAGUUUAUCCUACUUUCAAAACAUUUACAAGAGAAAGGCUGGCGCGUGGGAGACCUCCUGCAGGCUGUGCUGAAAUACUAUGACACCACUGAGACGACCACCAGCGGGGAGAGGCACAAGUCGCUGUUUGAUUGGCUCUUGGAAAAUGUAUAG